GAGGCAAGAAGGGGUGUGACUUCCAGCCUACCGACGUCAACUCUUUGGAGGAGUUUGGAGAAGGGUGGAAAAAAGAAAAAGAUGAUGAUCGUCCGUGUUGUGCGGAGCAAGAGGGAAUCGGGGAAGUUGUCUAGGAGGACUUUGACUUGGAGGAAUGCAGCAAAAACUCAACUCGGGACAUGAUUGGACUUCAUCUUUGUUUUAACCGUCGAUUGAAGCCACAAAACACAUCCUGAGGAGCAGCCUGCUGACCCCCUGCUGGCUCCUUUCACCUCAGUCCAAAAUGAUAGACCCUCAGAUACACCUGCACUAUAACUACACGGGGAAGCUGGAUCACCGUCCCAGCGUGGGCACCAGCACGGGAACCCUGGACACCAAAACCCUCCUCUUCCUGGUGGCGUGUGCCUUCAUCGUCCUGGAGAACCUGACGGUGCUGGUGGCCAUCUGGAGAAACCACCGCUUUCACAACCGCAUGUACUUCUUCAUCGGGAACCUGGCGCUGUGCGACAUGCUAGCCGGCGUGGCCUACCUGGUCAACCUGCUCCUGUCUGGCGAGAGGACCCUCCACUUGUCGCCCAUUUUGUGGUUUGUACGAGAGGGUAGCAUGUUUGUAGCACUGGGAGCCUCCAUCUUCAGCCUCCUGGCCAUCGCCAUUGAGCGGCACCUGACUAUGAUCAAGAUGAGGCCCUAUGAUGCCAGCAAGAACUACAGGGUCUUCCUCCUCAUUGGCACCUGCUGGUUGAUCGCCAUCUCUUUUGGAGCUUUGCCCAUCCUGGGAUGGAACUGCCUGGACAAUCUCCCCGACUGCUCCACCGUCCUCCCCUUGUACUCCAAGAAGUAUGUGGCCUUCUGCAUCACCAUCUUCAUGGUCCUGCUGCUGGCCAUGUCGGUCCUUUACACACGCAUCUACAUCCUCGUCAAGUCCAGCAGCCGCAAGGUGAGCAAGCACAGCAACUCAGAGCACGCCAUGUCCCUGCUGCGCACCGUCAUCAUCGUAGUGGGCGUCUUCAUAGCCUGCUGGACACCCAUCUUCGUGCUGCUUUUGGUGGAUGUGGCAUGCGAGCAGCGCCGGCGCUGCCCGAUCCUCUACAAGGCCGACUGGUUCAUCGCGGUGGCCGUCCUCAACUCGGCCAUGAACCCCGUCAUAUACACCCUGGCCAGUCGGGAGAUGAGGAGGGCCUUCCUGGGAUUGGUGUGUUGUCUUUGCUACCGGGGAAAGGCGUCGGCGCCGGGCAGCGGGAACAGGCAGUGUCUGGAGCCCAGUCGCAGCAGAAGCAAGUCCUUCAGCAGUCAGAACAACCAGCAGGGCUGCAGACAGGCGGGGUCGGAGAAGGAGGCGGACUCUGGACUAGUUGGGAAGGUGUCAGUGGUUGCAGGACCUGGUGGCACCGAUGCUGACAGGUUUGUCCCGAGUAACGGAAUGGAGUGAGGAGUCAGGCGAGGAUGGCCUGACAGACUUGGAUUUCGGAUUUAUACCACAGGCAUCAAUUCAGAUUGAUUGUUCUCCCAUGUGGUCAGGAUUGGACACCCAUCCCACGGACUACAUCACUUAUCCUCUUCAGGGUCGCAGGAAGCUGGAGCCUACCCCAGCCGACUACAACCUGGACUGGUCGCCAGUCAAUCACAGGACACCUUUAGAGAAAACAACCGUCCACACCUACAGACACUGAGUGGGAACUGAACCUGAAUGGAAAGUCAGCCAAGUGAACCACUACACUACGAGUGACCUGACCUCACACUGGUGUCCUCUGGUCCGAGGUUGAAAUACGCUGCAGCCACCGGAACAAAACUAAGAACCCCACAUUAAACGGAAAAACAAUGGCCCCCAUUUGUUCACUGUGUACUGGCGUGACCUAAAUCAGAUUAGGGCACUAAAUUGGCCACUAAAUCCUGCAGUGUAAAUCCAGCUACAAAUGAAUAUUCUAGUCCUAAUGCCGUGUGAUCGUUUGAGACGAUCGCCAUUAUUUAUUAUGACUCGUUAUGCACUCAUUCUGUAUGAUAAACGACCGCCGUCACAUCUCCCAAACAAGCUCGUCCCACCAUCUUUGCUGCAUGAUACUUGAAUGGAAGGACGCAACAUAAGCUGCUGCUGUGCCGUUUGCAGUGUAAGGGCGCCACCUGGUGGUCAGCACAAAUCCAAAUCAUCCAUAAGUGCACAUUCUGUAUAGAAAAGUUGUACUAAAUGAACUUUAUAACUGAGUAAGUGUAAUAAACGCACGGUCAGCGACAGUCUUGAGCGUGUUGGUUUUGAAAGUUGCAUGUGGAAGUGUUACAGGUGGUUACCUCACGUGGCCAGUAGAGGUCGCCAUCCGUCCCGGUGACGUAUUCCUUCCCCCUUCAACAUAAACCUCACCUCUAUUUGCGGUCUGCCAAAACGAAAGGCAUACAAAUAUUAGAAACAGCCUGAGAAUGAUGCAGUGCGGAAAUAAAACAAUGCAAAUAGAGUGAUUACAUUAAUAAGCAGAAUUUCUACACAUUCACGUUUUUAUUGCCAACAGUCAUACAGAAGAAUGUUAAA